CUGUCUUUCUGCUUGCUUCAAAAACCUCACGGCAAAACGACACCGUACCACCAUCAUCUAAAUCCACAGUUCACUCUACUCACAAAUCACAUAAUUAUUAUGACAGUGAAGAAGAAAUUUGCAGCUGUUACUUCAAGACGUCAAUUUAUAUCCAAAAAAUUUCUAAUUUUAUUAUUCUUUAUUUUGUUUUGUUUUUUAUUUUAUUUCUUUGGUUUAUUUAGACUUCAAUCUACCUCAUCUUCAUCGUCACCUACUGAUUUUUUAUUUAAUGAUAUCAAAAUAAAUAAUAAUAAUAAUAUAAUGAAGAAAAAGGAAAAAAUAGCUUUCCUUUUUCUUGUUAAAGAAAGUGUUCCACUUGAUUUCCUCUGGCACAAUUUCUUCAAGAAUGCAGAUCCUGAGAAUUUCACAAUAUACAUACACUCAAAGCCUGGUUUUAUUUUCAAUGAGGCGACUACCAGAUCAACCUUCUUCUACAACAGGCAGUUGGAACACAGUGUUGUGGUAGGCUGGGGUAAGCCAACUAUGAUUGAGGCAGAGAAACUUUUGUUCAAGGCAGCCCUUGACGAUACUACCAAUCAGAUAUUCGUUCUACUCUCUGACAGCUGUGUCCCACUGUAUAACUUCAGUUACAUAUACACAUAUCUCAUGUCAGCUCCUAGAAGUUUCGUGGACAGCUUUAUUGAUGCCAAUGAUACGAAUGAGAAACGCUAUAAUCCAGAGAUGUCCCCUGACAUACCUGAAGACAAAUGGCGGAAAGGAUCCCAGUGGAUCACAUUGGUCAGAAAGCAUGCAGAGGAGGUUGCAUACGAUAAUGUAGUUUUCCCGAUCUUUAAUAAACACUGCAAGCGGCGGCCGCUUCUAGACUUGAGCAGAGGAAAUGAUUCUCUUAGAGAGCAGCAGCAACACAAUUGCAUCCCAGAUGAACAUUAUGUGCCAACGUUACUUGCAAUGCGGGGCUUUGAAGAUGAAUUGGAGAGGAGAACAUUGACUUAUUCUUUAUGGAACCAGUCAACUGAAACGAUGAAUACACAAGCCUGGCACCCCGUGACAUUUGUUUUUGCAAGUGCCAGCCAAAAAAGUAUCCAAGAGAUCAAGGAUAUUGACCAUGUUUAUUUCAAGUCUGAUAACCGGACGGAAUGGUGUGGUACUCAUGGUAGUGGUUGUUGUUACUUAUUUGCUAGGAAGUUUUCACGUGGUGCAGCUAUGCGCCUUUUGACUAAUGGGGUUAUUGGUCCAUAUGAUCCCAACACAUUGGUCUUAGACCGAACAUAGACUCAUCAUUCUAUUGUGUCAUUGGAGGCAAACAUUGAAGAUAGUGAUAGCAGAUGUAUACUUUGAGGUGAUGUAAAUAUUGAGGCGAUUGCAGAUAUAUCAAACCACUGUGUUUUUGAGCAAGUCAGAAUUUCAAUAUUAAUCUAUAUCUAUACUAUAUUAUAAA